AUGUCUGCGUGUCAAUUCAGCGCUUUUCGUUGCGAAGGUGUUUACGACCAGGUUCGACAGAACAGGUUGUUGCUCAACCGCGAGGCGACGCUUACAGUACGAGAACUCGAUGGUCUGCAAAUUCAUUCAGGGACUGGGAUCUGGAAUGCUCCGAAUUGGAUGAGACACGAGGAUACCCGUCUGUUCUCGCAUACAGAGUACGGCCACUGUAAUGCUACGCCAUUCACCGCGAGAAACAAGACUAUCGCAAGAAGAACGGUUGGGGUAUUGGAACAUUGUUUUCUUUUGCUAUGUAUAAGUUAAACUAGAAGAGAUACUUCUCAAGUUUUUCUAAUGAACAUGAUCGCAGCUGAAAAACGCGCGAGGAGUAUAUCAAUGAACCAGAAAGAUCGAUUUAGCGGGUACUAGUAGUCGCUGAAGUAGAACUCCUCAGCGGCAACGUGCAUUCUAUGAAACAGAAUCAAGGUCUUGGUCUAAUAUCCAGAAGAGCAUAGCAUUUUGACCUGGAAAUGCAACUUCAAGAUCUACAAGAUGUUGAAUGCAUGUAAUUACAACAGCCUCCGGAUUUCCGCGUGUCUCGGAGUACGACCAGCUUGGGCACGGAGCCUCUGGAACUGCGCCACCGCAUGUGCACUCGCCACCGGAUGCGACAGAGACAAGAAUACGAAAGCAAUCGAGCGUGGCCAACGCAAGAGCAAAAUCACGAGUCUUGCCGCAGCGUCGAGUUUCCUCCGGCAAAGAGCAACUUUGUUCACUGCAAAUCGUGCCAGUUUCCAGGUGUCACCGAAGAACUGAGAAACGUCAAAUCCUUCUACCACGAACCCUGUCCGCCGCCACCCCCAAACAUGAUUCCGAAAGAAGUGGGUCUGGAGGGCGCGAUGCUCCUUUUUUGA